UUUCGUCAUUCGUGGAACUGUAAGUAACAGAAAUGGCGCUCAUUCCUCCUGCAGCUCCUACUCUUGCUGCUAGCAGCGCACGGCUUAGCGUGCUACCUCCAAUCGUACGCGUCAGAAUCGCCGGUCGCCGCCGAUCUGCAGUUCUAGCCAACUUAUCUUCUCCGCCGCGCAGUGUCGAAGCGGUGGAUUGGGUGGAUGCGACAUCAAGCUUCUUCGAACAAGAUACCAGGCCUAUCAUGCUAUUUGACGGUGUCUGCAACUUAUGUAAUGGAGGCGUCAAGUUUGUACGUGAUAAUGACCGACAAAGGAGAAUAAGGUUUGAAGCCCUACAAAGCGAUGCAGGAAAGAAUCUACUACAGAGAUCUGGAAGAUCUCCUGAUGAUAUUUCAAGUGUUGUACUUGUAGAGAAGAACAGGUCAUAUAUUAAGUCAGAGGCUGUGUUGAAGAUCAUGGAGUACAUAGACUUGCCAUUUCCCCAACUAGCUUUCUUUCUCCAGUUUGUACCUUUAUUCAUUAGGAAUUUUGUGUAUGAAAACAUUGCGGACAACCGUUACGCAGUAUUUGGUCGUUCAGAGUCCUGUGAAAUUUAAGUUUCGCACAUCUACAUUUUCCACCACAUCGAAUCCCCCAUGUCCCAAUGAUCCAAUGCUACACAAAAAGUGCUUGUGCAUUACAAGUUGUACCCUGGAUAAUGGUUACUUACCACUGGUGCACGGCAAGUUGUACCCUGAAAUUAAGUGGAAUAAUAAUAUGUAAGAAUUUUUAUCUUAUAUGAGAUAAAAAUUAGAAAAAUAAAAUACAUAAAUAAUUAACUUACUGGUAGUGGAGAACCAAUGCAGGCAUUUGUCCACCAAAUACGUCCAUUUCCAUCUAUUUUCCCAUUUCCACUGACUGUAAGACCAUUCACGGUAUUAAAAGAUAGCCACGUGUCAACAUGAUGGCCAAACCAAUCGGUUUUUUUGGUUGGAGCAACAAUGUUUCCUGACACCUGUUUUUGACAGUUUUAAAGAUCAUGUGAUUAUAAUGUGUCUUUUUAUUUUUAGAUAGUCACAUACAUGAUUCCUUUUUGGGAAUUACUAUGUUAUGUUUUUUAGCAUAAAUGCAUGUUGUUUGACUUUGACCAAAUUUAUCUAUAGCUAUAUGCAUAUACUUACCUGGAUAAAGAUACUGGAGGGGUUGCAUGGACCAUUGAAAUCCAUAGGCUUCAAAAAAAACGUCCUCCCUGCUGGUAUCACUAAUAUACUCUUUUUAUUUGGUUUCGAUUGACAUGCCGCUUUCCAUGCAUUCGCAAAAGCCUGUAUAUGUAUAAUCUGCUUUAUAAACUUGUACCAUACAACUGUCAUUCGUUUGUUACAUGAGAAGGGUAUUUACGUCUUUUGCACAGACGAGAGAUCGGGACGAAAAGUUGCAAUUUUUGUCCCGUAACAUCAGUCCCAGUCCAAUGCACGUCAAACAAAGUACAAGACUCUGUUUUGUUCUGUCAUGUCAUGUCAUGUCCUGAUCUGUGUGAUAACAGUACAAGCUUAAUGUACAAUCUAGAACUAUAUAGAAGGAGUUUGAGUACCGGUGAGUCGUCGGUUUUCCCGUUUCCUUUAGCGCCAUAUGCCAUCACGUUAAAAAUGGUGGUGGAUGCAAGACUGACUUUUGUGACACCAGUAGCACACGAGAUAAAUGAAAGCAUGCAUGUUAGCAAGACCACAAUCAAUGUCACCAAAUGAACCUGCAUGAAUAACUUCACUUUUAGUAAAACUGAGUAUGCAUCUUUAUAUGUGAGGAUCACAAUUACUGCCAAAUAAUUUUACCAUAUUUAAUGCCUACAAAAAGACAAAACACUCCCUGUUCCAAAACCUGGUUAGUUUCUUUUUUUUGUAUUGGUUUAAGAAUCUGCAAAAAGACUUUGAAAAUGAAAGAAGGCUCUCACCAUUCUGGUAAUCUGACAAGAUAUCAUAUGUAACCAACAAUUAGUUCUCAGUAAUGUGUCCGUACUCUCAUGUUCAUGUGUGUGCAUGUAUUUAUAUAUACAAUAAACUCACACUCACAUAUAUAUACGUGCUUUAAGGUGAAGCUAUAUAGGUGUUAUUUUAUUAGUUUCUAUAAUUUUCUACACAAUGCUAUUGCUACCACUUAAAGAAACCAAUUGAAUUACUGAUUCGUAACUUUGUCAUAAAGUACAAUGCCCAACAUUGUGUACAAAUACUUCCACCUUUAAGAAUGUGAUAAUUUAUAAGACCAAUAAUUACGGUAUAUAUAGAGCUAUAAGAUGAGAAUACAAAAUGACUAGAGCGAUUACGCUCGGAUUCUUGUAUGGUCUCUUGCACGAUCUUUUUAUUUAAGGUAUGCAUUAUUAUUAGAAGUUUUCUUUGCUACGUAUUAUUUUUACACCAAAAAAACUACAAUGAAUACACACUUGCACACGUUAUAUAGGU